UGCGAGUGCGCGCGAGGAUUUCCUGAUGCGCGCUCUUGGCACGGCGCCGCGCACUCCAGUCCCUGUGCUGUGUGUUGUGUGUGAGAGAGAAUGUGUGUGUAUGUGUGGUAACCCAGAGCAGCAGAGCUCUCAGUCAGACAUGGCGGCGGAUCCUCAGCCGGACUGGCUCUCCUGCCUUCCUUCUUCUUGGAGUUACGGCGUGACUCGGGAUGGACGUAUAUUCUUCAUCAACGAAGAAGCGAAGAGCACAACCUGGUUACAUCCUGUCACUGGAGAAGCUGUGAUCACUGGGCACAGGAAAACUCCAGAUUUACCAACAGGAUGGGAAGAAGGAUACACAUUUGAGGGAGCGCGCUGCUUCAUCAAGUGAGUCUAGAAUGUGCAGGGCAGCAGUGAGGGGGGUUGGGUGUGUGUGAAGAAAUAGAGAUAGAUGGAGAUGGAUGAUGGAUGGAUGCAGGGGGAGAGAGAGAGAGAGAGAGGUGGAUUGAGGAGCUUCUUGUUUGG